AUGACUUCGUUGGCUCUAUUUCCUCAACUGCGUCGUACUCUGACUGACGUGAUGGAGGAUGAAUUAUACCAUGUUCCCUCCAUUACUAAUGCAUCUCAACAACAGCAACUACCUCAACAACAAGGUCAACAAUUCCAACCUCCUCAACCUCCUCAACAACAACAACAACAGUCAAUAAUGUCAAACUUCCAUUUCAACAAUUCAAACAACAGCUUGUCAAAUUAUAAAGCUUCUCCAACUUUAUCACAUGCAAAGCUUUAUAGAAAUCCAAGCGCCCUAAAUUCUGAAGAAAUGCUGACAAUACCUGAUAGUAACAAUCAUCAUCAUCACCAUCAUAACUACUCUUAUCAAAGUCAGAAUCAAGAGCUUUCCAGAAUACCUUCUCAUGAUAUGUAUUAUGAUAUCCCAGAACCUUUACCUUUGGAUGAAGAUAGACAUAUUUUUAAUGAAUUUGCUGAUCCAAAUUUAACUACAACUAAUCAUAUUUAUAGAAGUGAACAACAAUAUGCUGCUCAUCAUAACCAACCACAACAAAAUAAUGAAUUAAAUCCUCAUCAUCCUCAUCAUGCUCCUGCUAAACUGUUGAAAUUUAAUGAUGAUUUAUCUUUAGAUUAUUUUACAAAUGAAGAUGAUUCAAAAUUUGUUAUUUAUCCUGUUAUGUCUCCAACUAUGAUUCCUGAAGAGAUAGAAGAUGAAGAAUUAAGUGAAGAUGACGAUGAUGAUAAUGCUUAUGAUAAUGAAUUAACUUAUUUGGAUAAUACUAUUGAAGAUGUUAAAAACCCUUUGAAUUAUCCUCAUCAACAAUUUCAAGCUCAACAGGAGGAAAGUCAUAGAAAUGAAGAACAAUUGAUUAAGAAACAAGAAUUUGAAGAACAACAGAAGCAACAACAACUACAGCAGAAGCCACAACAUGAUCAAGGUGCACCAAUCAUCAAGAAGGAAAAUGAUGAAGAUGUCACACAAGAUUUAGAAUCUGAUAUUGAUCGUAUGAGUCUUGAUUCUUCAGAUGAUGAAUAUUCAUCAAAUAGUUCAGUUAUUGAAGAGGAUAGUUAUACCCCAUCUUUCAAAACUCAACUACAAACACCUCCAAAAGAAUUAAAACCAAAACAAAAACGUUCAUCAUCAACUUCAAUCCCAUCAACUUCACCUCAAACCACAACCAUCAACAACAACAAUAAUUUCAACAACAAUCAUCAAUGUCAAUUAAUCAAUCCUUCUACAAAUCAACCAUGUCUUAAACAAUUUUCAAGACCUUAUGAUUUAAUAAGGCAUCAAGAGACUAUACAUGCAUCAAGAAAGAAGAUUUUCAGAUGUGUUGUUUGUAAUAAAUUGGAAGGUGGUUUAUCAAACAAGACUUUUAGUAGAGGUGAUGCAUUAUCAAGACAUAUUAGAGUUAAACAUGGAUUAACUGGUACUGAAGCUACAGAUGCUUUACAAUAUGCCAAAGAUCAUGUUGAAUAUGUUUGA